ACCUCAGGCACAGCCUGGCUGGGCUGCUCCCCAGGCUGCGCCCCUGCACUUCCUGUCACAUGACCUUGGCAGGCCCCUCGCAACCCGACCGUUAAGUUGUGCCCUCGGAGGACAACUUGACUACCCUCCCCCACCCCACUUCCCAUCAGGCUCUGCUGCCAACAGCUUCAGAAGAGCGCCAGUCACCGCGCUGGGAGCCAUUUUCACCACCUUGGUCCCGGCAGCCACAUACUGUCUCCAGUUUAGUCACGAAGUGGGGCUUCUCUCCGAGCAUGUCUUCCACAAAAGAGCGAGGCCUUCCCCCAAAUGACUCGAACCAAGCCACAGGUGGGAUGGGUGGUGACCCGGGGUCCAUCAGGGGCGGGGCGGUGCCUGCGGAAUUGUUGGCCGUGGCUGCCGAGCCCGCAGCCCCUAGGGAUUUCCAGGCGCUUGUGGAAAACUUCUGGGAGGAAGAUAUUGGGCAGGAGGCCAUUCAGAUGAUGGUUGAGGAAAACUGGAAUGUACAGCCAUUAGAUGAGCAGGAGGCAGUUGAGGAGGAGGAAGCUGAGGAGGAGGAAGAGGAGGAGGAAGAUGAGGAGGAGAAGCAGGAGCAAGAUGACGAUGAGGAAGACAAGGAGGAGGAGGAGGAUAGGGAUGAGGAAGGGGGCGAAGGAGGCGAGCAGGAUGAGGAGGAGGGAAAAGAGGAGGAGGACAAAGAGGAGGAGGAGGAGGAAGAAGAAGAGGAGGAGGAGGAAGAAGAAGAAGAGGAGGACUACGAGGAGGAGGAGGAGGAAGGAAAGGAGAAGUACUGCAACGAAGAAGAGAUUGAGAAUGUUGUGGACAAAGAGGACGACCCGGGUGUAGAAUUCCUGGAGGAUUUCUUUUAUCCUGAAGGCACAGUAGUGGAUGUCGUUACUGAUUUUAAACUGGAAUAUUUUUUCCGCCAUCUUCUGAUCCCGAAAUUUAUGUCAUUCUUGGCUGAAAAAACAACUGAAUAUAAGUUUGAGAGCUCUGAUGAAGAGAUUGAAGUGAUUGAAAGUGGGGAAGAGGAAGAAGAUCCCUAAAUGGAUGUGAACCCAACAGAGGGAGCAUACAGUUGGAAGGCUUAGGAAAGUGGAUGGUGAAAGAAAAAAUGAAUUUGUUCCUCGUGGAGCUUCUGGUUUUCUGUAUCCCAACAUACUGGUUUUGUUUCAAAGUUCAACAUCCCAAAAUGUUAUGAAAUGUCAUCUGACUUUACUCUUACUGAGAGACAUACUUGAAAACAUUUGUUCACAUUAAAUAAAAGCUUGUUUGAAAUGAAUAAGCUCCAGACUUUU